AGUAAUAUACAAAGUCGUAAGUCCAAUUAGGUGACUUGGCCAUAGCGAUUCACUGGUGUUUAUCGCCUUGUUAAUGCCGAACUUAAUUGGCAAGUGUCUGGAGCUUAAAUUACGUUUGUGUUUGGCUCUGGAACCGGUCGCAACUCGGUUGGCUCGUUGUCAGCUGUCAAAAACAAAAAUCUAGAAACAAUUUAAACUUGAUUGGAAAAUGUACCGAAAUUUGUAAAAUGUAUCUGCCGAGCUCAGGUGUUACAUAUCAGCUUCAGCUAAAAUAUGAGUGGCGCAGACCCCAACGAUGGGCCAAGCGGCAGUAGACCGAGCAAAGAGGUUCAGACUUCUAAGAGCGUGCUCCACGUGAGAAUCUCGGACCUGCGACACCACAAUGAGGAAGAAAUCACGGAGGCUCCCCCUAGUCCUCCGCCCCUGAUGGUGACUACGGGCGUGAAUACGGAUGAGCGCAACGUUGUCAUAGCCGCGGAAACCGAUGCAGCCAACAGCGAUGCUGACAGUGUCCAUUCUUGGCCUGGCAGACAGAGACCUACGACCACCUCCAAAAUAUCCUUGACCAGCCUAAGAAACAUAAGUUCGGAGAGCAAUGUGGGCAGUGACUCGCACAUUAAUUACAGAUACACUCAUCCCCCUAGGCACGAGCCAGUCUUUGCCCCCUAUAAGCCGGAGCGCCUUGUUGACGGGUCUGUGUGUCUUCCGUCUUCCAGCUGAUUGGCUUCAUACUCACCGGCGUGUCCAUGUUGUUGGUGAUCAUGUUCUCCUGGUUCCUAAUCUC